AUGGCAGUUGGACGCCUAUCGACUGCAGACCUCGUGUCUUCGCUACGAAACGCACUCCAGAAAUGUAAAGAACUCCACGGCAGCAAAUGUGAAGUUACGUUACCAAAACACAUACCAAACUUCUGGAUUAUCGACACCGAAGAAAACUGCCUCGUGCCGGGUGAUUCGGUUGACAAAUAUGUAGCUCUUAGCUAUGUCUGGAGGUCUCCAUUGGAUGCCAGCAGCAACCAGGAACCUACACAGAGGUUGAUGCUCCAAUGGGACAAGUUGGAUGAUUUCAGAAAGCCUGGAUUUCUAUCUUCCGAGCCUGGGGUCGCUGAAAAAUUACCUGAAGUGAUCCAGGACUCGAUGCUCUUCGUGCAACAAUCCGGCGUGCGGUAUCUCUGGGUUGAUUGUCUCUGCAUUCCCCAAAACGACAAGACCACCGGUGAUAAUGUCCUAUCGAUGAGGGACAUAUACUCUGGAGCCUAUUUCACGAUCAUAGCAGCAGCAGGAUCACCGGGGUUGUACGGGUCAGGAGCUGAUAUUGAGAGAGUUAAAAAUGACAAAGGCGUUCCUGAUGCGGGUAGCCUUCAUGGCGCACUGCUCACAACACAUUGGGCCACACGUGGAUGGACGUUCCAGGAACAAAUGCUUUCCAUGCGGUCUUUUGUUUUUCUUGAUGAAACGGCAUUCUGGAAUUGUCAGGACGCUGUUUGGUGGUCUGAGUCCUUGAUCACCAACCAGGAAACAGGCGAUAGCGAACAAAAUACGCCAAAGGGGGACAAUAGGCAUUCAAGAUUUAUAUCUCAAAGCAAAACAGACGGCAUUGAAACAAGGAUCUAUGAUGAAAAUAGACAAUUAUCACAAAACCUUACGGUAUUGUCUACGCCCGACUUUAGGCUUUACAUAGAGCUGAUAUGUCGGUAUAAUUAUCGCGAUCUCACAUAUGCCCAGGAUGCACUGCCAUUUCUGGCGUGCUUGAUGCCUUGA